AUGCAGCGCAUUUCGGCCGAUGUCGAUUGGCUUGUGUGCGCCAAGAUGGAAAACACGUUGCCGCUCACGGUAGCGGACAUGAGUGCGCGCAAAUGCUGGGCCAAGGACAUGAUGUUGCAUGAGGAUGCCGGGUCUGUCUGGGACUCCGUUACUUUUUUUGGACGAGAAGAUAUGGAAUUUUGA